AUGUCACGUUCUGGGGAUAGGGUUUCGUGUGACCGGGAAGAAAGAGGAGGAGGGAAAAGGCGAGACGGGCUGGACAGGCCUGUAGGGCGAAGUUCAGGAAGGGCCGCCGCCGCUGCCGGUCCCUGUAGGGAUGCCCUCCUGGCACAGGCACCUAGGCAACGGUGCUGGCCCCGGGACAGAUCCUCUGGCUCCUUCCUGUUUCAGACCGACCCACUCAGGGUAAAUAGCUGUGUCAAGAGUGAUGAGCAUGUCCUGGAGGAGCUGGAAACAGAAGGGGAGAGGCAGCUGAAAAGCCUCCUUCAGCAUCAACUUGAUACCUCUGUCUCCAUUGAGGAAUGUGUAUCUAAGAAAGAGAGCUUUGCUCCUGGUACUAUGUAUAAGCCCUUUGGGAAGGAAGCAGCUGGGACUAUGACUUUGUCCCAGUUCCAGACACUGCAUGAGAAGGACCAGGAGACUGCUUCUCUCAGGGAACUGGGGCUUAAUGAAACAGAAAUCUUGAUUUGGAAGAGCCAUGUUUCAGGUGAAAAGAGGACGAGACUUAGGGCAACCCCUGAAGCAAUACAGAACCGUCUUCAAGAUAUUGAGGAAAGAAUCUCAGAGCGUCAGCGCAUCCUUUGCCUGCCACAGAGAUUUUCAAAGAGCAAACAGCUGACCCGGCGAGAAAUGGAAAUAGAAAAUUCUUUAUUUCAGGGAGCUGAUCGUCACUCUUUCCUCAAGGCUCUUUAUUACCAAGAUGAACCCCAAAAGAAGAACAAAGGUGAUCCCAUGAACAAGCUGGAAAGUUUUUACCAAGAGAUGAUAAUGAAAAAGCGUCUUGAAGAGUUCCAACUAAUGAGAGGUGAACCCUUUGCUUCCCACUCACUGGUCUCAGCUACAUCAGUGGGAGAUAGUGGCACAGCUGAGAACCCGUCAUUACUCCAGGACAAGGGAAAACAGGCAGCACAGGGUAAAGGUCCCAGUCUCCAUGUGGCAAAAGUUAUUGAUAAUUCACCUGAGCAGUGUUGGACUGGGCCUAAGAAGCUGACGCAGCCAAUAGAAUUUGUCCCAGAAGAUGAGAUCCAGAGAAAUCGUUUGUCAGAGGAAGAAAUCCGAAAAAUUCCUAUGUUUUCUUCAUAUAAUCCAGGGGAGCCAAACAAGGUGUUAUACCUGAAGAACCUUAGCCCUCGGGUGACUGAAAGAGAUCUUGUCUCAUUAUUCGCUCGGUUCCAGGAAAAGAAAGGACCUCCAAUUCAAUUCCGAAUGAUGACUGGACGAAUGAGGGGGCAGGCUUUUAUCACUUUUCCCAAUACAGAAAUAGCAUGGCAAGCAUUGCGUCUAGUAAAUGGAUAUAAGCUACGUGGGAAAAUAUUGGUGAUAGAAUUUGGAAAGAACAAAAAGCAAUGGCCAGAUCUCCAGGCUGCUUCUCUAAUAUCAUCUACUACAGAUAAUACUACUGAAAUCAGUGGCAGUUAG